AUGAUUAGUUAAAUAAAUGUAUGCGUAAUAAUGGUUUCUUAAUUAAAUAAUUUGAAGCGAUUCCUUGCUUGUCAACUAAGAGCAUAGCCUUUAUAAUUGAUAGAAUGACGAAUUCUGGCAUAUUAUUGAAGUGCCUCCGGCAACUAUCUUCGCAAAAUAUUAUUCCACAUAUUUGUGUUGUUGGUGCAGGACCAGCUGGAUUUUAUGCUACACAACAAAUUUUGAAAAGCAUUAAUAAUGUCAAAGUGGAUAUAAUAGAAAAAUUACCCGUUCCCUAUGGAUUAGUAAGGUUUGGUGUAGCACCGGAUCAUCCAGAAGUAAAAAAUGUCAUUAAUACUUUUGAUAAAAUAGCCCAAGAUAUACGAGUGCAAUUUUUGGGAAAUAUAAACGUAGGAAGGGAUAUUACUCUAUAUGAACUUAAGCAAUAUUAUCAUGCAGUAUUAUUGACUUAUGGUGCCAGUGAAGAUAAGAAAUUAAUGAUUCCAGGAGAAAAUUUAAAAAAUGUUAUAUCAGCAAAUCAUUUUGUGGGCUGGUAUAACGGUCUUCCUAAUCAUCAAAAUUUAAAUAUUGAUUUAAAUAAAACCGAUGCUAUUAUAUUGGGACAAGGAAAUGUGGCUAUUGAUAUUGCAAGAAUUCUUUUAUCUCCAAUAGAUAAAUUAAAGAAAACAGAUAUAACGUCUUAUUCUUUAGAAUGUUUGUCACGAAGUAAAGUUCGGAGAGUUUGGCUGGUGGGACGAAGAGGACCUUUACAAGCAUCUUUCAGCAUAGCAGAGCUUAGGGAAUUAUUAAAACUUGAGAAUUGUAAAACGUAUUGGAGAUCUAACGAUUUCAAAGGAAUCCAAGAUAUUGUUCCUAAUCUUGCAAGACCUAGAAAAAGAUUGACAGAACUGAUGCUAAAAUCUAUUGAGGAAUCAUCUUUUGAUAAUAGGAUAUGCGAUAAAGAAUUUCAUCCAAUAUUUUUACGUGGACCUGUAGAAUUUUUAGGAUUCGAUUCAGUAGAAAAUGUAAAACUUUCCGUUAAUGAAUUAGAAGGUGAUCAUUUUUUAAAGCAAAUUGCUAAAUCAAUUGGUGAAUUUGAAGAAAUCUCGUGUGGUUUAGCAUUUAAAAGCAUUGGAUAUAAGUCUACUCAAAUUGAUCCAAGUAUUCCCUUUGAUUUGGAGAGUGGAAGGAUUAUAAAUUCAUCUGGAAAAGUGGAAAAAGGACUUUAUACUGCUGGUUGGGUGGCUACUGGACCUAUUGGUGUGAUUCUUUCCACCAUGGCUAAUGCAUUUACAGCUGGAAAAUUAUUAGCAAAAGAAGUUGAAUUAAUGAAGCAAAUGCCUGGCUAUCAUGAAUUACAAAAAUUCCUUCGGAAGAAAGGUAUUUGCAUAAUUAAUUAUGAAGGAUGGAAAAAAAUUGAUAAUGAAGAGUGUGAAAGAGGAAAAAAAUUGGGCAAACCCAGAGAAAAAAUUGUAGAUAUUUCUGAAAUGAUAGAAAUAGCUUCUAAUUAA